AUGAAGUUGGCGCGUACUCAGCUGUGGGCACCAUCACCAUCACCACUGCUGAUGGUGGUGGUGAUGGUGGUGAGCCUGCCGAUCCUGGUGCCGGCGCUGGAGACGGAGCGCCUCACCCUGCUGAUGCCGAAGGUUCUGCCGCCGCACCCGGAAACGUACUUCUGUAUUUCGUUGAAGCUGGACCAAAACAACGACCAAUAUGUAGUGAGCUUCGAGCCGAACGCCACGAUGGAGACGGCUCACCACAUGCUGCUGUACGGCUGUGAGCGACCUGGGACCGACGACAAAGUGUGGAACUGUGGGGAUAUGGCCAUCAGCGACCCGGACAAACGCACCGGGCCCGUCUGCCGCGGCGCCAACAAGAUUAUCUACGCGUGGGCCAAAAACGCCCCAAAACUCGUUCUGCCAGACGGAGUUGCGUUCAAGAUCGGAGGAGCAACUAAGGUUAAAUACCUGACCUUACAAGUGCAUUAUGCUGAUGUUUCACUAUUCCAAGACGGAAAAACGAAAGACGACUCCGGGGUGUUUCUCACAUACACAACAAAUCCUCAGCCCAAGUCAGCGGGCGUCCUGCUGAUGGGCACCGGCGGCUACAUCUUCCCCAACUCGGAGGAGCACAUGGAGACCGCCUGCGACAUCACCGAGGACACCGUCCUGCACCCGUUCGCCUUCCGCACCCACACGCACCAGCUCGGCACGGUGGUGUCGGGCUGGCGCGCCCGGUACAGCCGCUCGGACGGCUACCGCUGGACGCUGAUCGGCAAGAUGAACCCGCAGCUGCCGCAGAUGUUCUACCCGGUGCUGGACAACGUCACCAUCACCACCGGCGACAUCGUGGCUGCAAGAUGCACGAUGAAUAAUUUCCGGUCACGAUUCACAAAAAUCGGUCUGACGGCCGAAGACGAGAUGUGCAACUUCUACAUGAUGUACUGGACGGACGGCGCGCCGCUGUCCCGUAGCAGCUGCUUCAGCUGGGGCCCGCCGUUCUCCUACUGGCACCGGCUGCCUUUCGGUCUGUCCCGUCUGUUCAGCCACCCCUGGCUGACGCAGAUACCGGACGAAGAGAGCGCCUCGGCCAUCAGCAGAGAGGAGCUGAAAAAGUACUUUACCGGACGCAUGAUCGGCGCCUAGGCCAGUGGCCAGGCGGGCAGUGAAUGGUGGUCAAGUGCUUGUAAACUCACUUUCGUUGGUGUUGGCGAGUUGAGGGCGUUGGUAGGCGCCUUUCGCUGAAAUCUUCAGCGUAAUAGGUGCACAGACACUACAGCAGGGUAAUGUGCACAGCGCACGUGAAAAAUAAGAUCGCAUGUUGAAACACAAAGUUGAUGACGAAACGAUUCGCAUUGUAAAAACUAAAAAGUCGAUGCAUUGCAUUGCUUAACGAAUGGGCACUAUAUUUUCUGUGAAGAUCGUCUUUAAUUUUGGUAUUUGUGUAUGUGUUCGGCAUAUGAAUGUCGGAAUCAUGCUUGUUGCGCUUCGGUAUUUACUUUUCACUAUUGAUUACGUGCAUUUACUGUUGCUGGCAUUAAGUAAUUUAUUUAUUAGGGUAGAUUGUUGCUGCUUAUGGAUAUAAAAGCCGAGGGAGCAGAAUACAUAUUACACAGUCAUCACGAUCACAUCUAUUUAGCAUUUUAGCUUAGUGCCAACACCCCCACUGGAGUUAUGAA